AUGGCCUUCAACUACCUGUACCCGGUUGCCAGGAGAGACGAGAGUGUCGAGGACGAUUACCACGGGACCAAGGUCACCGACCCCUACCGUUGGCUCGAGGAUCCCGACUCGCCCGAGCGCAAGGAGUUCGUGGAGAAGCAGAACGCCAUUACCCAGCCGUACCUGGAAAAUUUCAAUGACAGGGAGGAAAUCGAGAGCCGCCUCACGCAGCUCUGGAGCAUUCCAAGAUACAUGUGUUCCUCGCGCCAUGGCGACCGCUACUUCUUCCAAAACACCGGCUACCAGAGUCAGAGCGUGAUGUACGUGCAGGAUGAUUUAUACAGCGAGGCUGACGUGUUUUUUGACCCGAAUGCUGAGCUGUUCGAGGAUGGCACAGUGGCACUGACUGGAACUAAGUUUUCCGAGGACGGCAAAACAAUGUGCUACAGCAUGAACAAAAGCGGCUCAGACUGGAAAAACAUCCACUUUAGAGACACUGAAACAGGGCGUGAUUAUCCGGAGGUGCUCAAAAAGGUCAAGUUUUCUCUGAUGGAGUGGUCGCAAGACAGUAAAGGAAUUUUCUAUGGCAUGUAUCCGGAACAGCAGGGAAAAGCAGACGGCUCCGAGACGGAGGUGAUCAAGAACCAAAAGCUGUACUACCAUAGGCUGGACACCCCACAGUCGGAGGACGUUUUGGUCGUCGAGUUCCCCGACGAGCCGCGUUUCAUAAUAGGUGGCUUUGUGAGCCACUGCGGCAAUUACCUGAUCGUCUGUCCGACGAGGGAUAGCAAGGAUCAUUUGGUGUUCUUUGCUGAGAUCGGCUCUCUGCCUGAUGGACCUCGAGGACUGCUGCCUCUCACCCAGAUCGUGCACAAAAUGGAGUCUCGCUAUGAGUACGUGACAAACGUGGGUUCCAAGUGCAUCUUCCGGACCAACAAGGACGCACCCAACUACCGUUUGGUCAGCAUCGACCUGGAAAAUCCGAGCGUGGACGAGUGGAAGACCCUGGUGGCUGAGCACCCAAAGGACGUGCUCGACUGGGCCGUCCUUUCAAACAAAGACAAACUCGUCGUUUGCUACAUCCACGACGUCAUGAGCGUUCUGCAAAUCCGAGAUUUAGCCACCGGGAAUCUGAUCACGCAGCUGCCCCUGGAGCUCGGCACGGUGUCCGACGUGUCUGCGAAUAGGAAGUACCCGGAAUUAUUUUUCGAGUUCUGUUCGUUCCUCACGCCGGAAGAGAUUUACAUGUGUGACCUGUCAAAGCCGAUCAUUAAGCCUGUGCUGUACAAAAAAGUCGAGAUGAAGGACUUCGACGCCUCGUUGUACAUGAUGGAGCAGGUGUUCUUCUCGAGCAAGGACGGCACCAAGGUGCCCAUGUUCAUCGUGCGCAAAAAGGACUUCAAGAAGGACGGCAACAGUCCAUGCUUGCUGUACGGAUACGGUGGCUACGGCACCAGCGUGCAGCCCAAUUUCCACGCCAUAAGGCUGGUCUUCGUGCAGCAUUUCAAUGGAGUCUACGUCGUUGCCAACAUCAGGGGCGGAGGAGAGUACGGAAAGUCGUGGCACAACGCUGGCCGAGUGUUGAACAAGCAGAACGGUCUGGACGACUUCCAGGCCGCGGCCGAGUACCUGAUCUCGGAGGGCUACACGAGCAGCGCCCGCCUGGCGAUCCAUGGCGGCUCGAUCGGUGGCCUGCUGGUGGCGGCGUGCAUCAACCAGCGGCCGGAGCUCUUCGGCGCCGCCAUCGUACAGGGCGGCGUGCUCGACAUGCUGCGCUUCCACAAGUUCACCAUCGGCUACGCGUGGGUGUCCGAGUUCGGCAGCCCGGACGACCCUGAUCACUUCCGCAACCUGCUGGACAUCUCGCCGCUGCACAAUAUCAAGGUGCCGGACGAAGACGCUCCGAGGAAUCCGCUCGAACGGCCCAGUCCCAGGCAGUAUCCGGCCACGCUGCUGCUCACCGCUGACCACGACGACCGCGUCGUGCCCCUCCACUCUCUCAAGUUCAUCGCCCAGCUGCAACACACCCUGCGCGACUACCCUGCCCAGACGAAUCCGCUGCUCAUCAAGGUAGAGACCAAUGCUGGACAUGGUCUCGGCAAACCCAUUGCCAAAGAGAUUAAAGUGGAAACGGACAUUCUCUCGUUCAUCGGGCAUUCUCUGAAAAUCCAGCGCGUCUUCUGA